UCAACUUUUUUUUGUUUUUUGUUGAUCAAGACAUCUCAAUUUUGCCAUUGAUGGUGUAUCGUACGAAAAUUCAGUAAUAUUUUCGAGUAAAUAGUUUAAAAUGCCGGUUUAUGAAACAGCCCCUGUAGUGUUGGAAAUUGGAACAGCUUACACCAAGCUAGGCUUUGCUGCCGAUUCCUAUCCAAGAUUCAUAAUACCAACCGAAACGUAUGAUGUCGACACUAAAACAACGAAAAAGCUGUUCGAUUACACGUCCAAAACAGAACUGUACGAGCGUAUGGUCGAGUUUAUUCAAAAGUUAUUCUUUAAAUAUGUGCUAGUCAGUCCGAAAGAACGAAAAGUGGUCAUAGUGGAGAGUGUUUUGUGUCCAACGGAUAUACGUGAAACAUUAGCUAAAGUCCUCUUUCGUCAUUUCGAGGUAUUGUCUGUAUUGUUCAUACCCACCCAUUUGGUUGUUCUGUCAACGCUGGCGGUAGAAACAGCCUUAGUUAUUGACAUUGGUAACAAAGAGGCAACCGUAAUACCAGUUUACUGUGGGGUCCAGGUAUUGCACGCAUGGCAAGCACAGGCAAUUGCCGCAGAAGCAGUCCACGAUGACAUAAAGAGACAAUUGAUCGAGAGUGGAAUCGACCAGGCACUGCUAACUCCAGAAAUUAUUGAAGAUGUCAAAGUUCGAACAUGUUUUGUCACAACCUACGAACGAGCACAAAAGUAUCGAAACGAUGAUCCACCCAUGCCGUGCCCAGACGUACAAUAUUCGAUAAAUGGGAAAAAGGACAUAAAAAUCAGUGGUAAACUGCGCGAAACAGCAUUCGAAGUUAUGUUUCCCGAGGACAACGAUCAUCUCGGAUUGCCGUACAUCAUCCUGGAUACGAUACUCAAAUGUCCACUGGACAUACGGCGAGAAUUGGCGGAAAAUUUGUUUCUUAUCGGCGGAUCGACAAUGGUUAUGGGAUUGAUGGCUCGAUUGAAAGUCGAACUGUUGGAGCUGCUCAAAUCGGACAUGUAUAAAAACAAAUUGUUUCUCGAUUCGGUCAAAUUUCAUACGGCUCCGGCGAAAGCGAAUUUUACUGCUUGGUUAGGAGGUUCAAUUUAUGGCGGAACAGAUCUGGUCCAAUCACGAUCACUAACUCGCGAGGCCUACUCAAAAACCGGUCGGGUGCCCGAUUGGUCGACGGUAGAGGAGAAUCGAUUCAUCGGUCAAUAAACAUAUGCAAAUGUAAUGUCAAUCGUAAACGAUUCCAUAAUAAAACGAUUAUUUAUUUACCUU